CAUGGAAAGAAGAGUUCUUAUCAUCUUUCUUGCUGUCCUGUCUGUACAACAGGUCUCAUUUUGUGGUGUGUGUGUGUAUUUAUAUACUACAAAAUCACAUAUCAUCUCUCUUUCUUUCUUGCUUUCUCUUUCAAACCAAACCGAUCCAUCAUGACCUCCUCAACUCACAAACAUCAACCACAUCAAUUACCAAACAUGUACGGCGCCGCAGCCCCGCCGCCUACGCCCUCGGCGCAGCCUAACAUUCCCCUGCCCACGUCAGACGCCGCCGACGCACUCUCCAUUCUCCUCCACCGUCUCCCCUCCCCCACCCUCACUCUCCCCACGCGCCGCUCACCCCCCGCCACGUGCCCUCCCACUCUCUCUCUGAAUAACAACACUACUACAGCUCCUACUCUACUCGAUGACCUGCUCUCCGCCUCGUCGCAACUCGGGUUCUUCCAACUCACCGAUCAUUCCCUCCCUUCCCAACUCGCUCGCUCGGCCGAGUCUGACUCGCUCGCUCUCUUUGACCUUCCUAAGGACAAGAAAGAAUCGUCGUUUCCCAAGAACUGGCCUUUCGGCUACGAAGGUGCCGACGAGGACGACGACGAAGAACGCGGCGAGUCGUUCCGGUUGGACUCGUCGUGUUCGACUGAGUCAACCGAGUCGGCUUCGUUGGACUCGUUGCGCGAGUUCACUCUUGCUAUGGAGAAGCUCGGGGUGAGGAUCGUUGAACUGCUUUGUAGUGCAGUUGGGUUUGAGAAUCCUAUAAGGGAGGAUCCGACCCGGUUUUGUUCACUUAUGUGGAUUACUGAAGGUGUACCCGGUAAUAAACCGGUGUUAUCGGGUGGGUUUUACCCGUAUAUUGUGGGUCUACAGUAUCAAAUCAGGUGCCAGAAGUAUUCACUGUUGGCGGAUUCGGGUUGGGUUUCUGUAUCGCCCCAAGUGGACUCGGUUAUGGUAACGCUUGGUGACAUUGCUCAUGUGUGGAGCAAUGGCAAGUUAAAGAAAGUGAGAGGGAAACCAGUGGCACAUUUGGGAGAUACCAACAACACUCGCUGCAUAUCAAUGUCUCUGUUGGUCACUCUUCCUACAGACAGUACAAUUUCUCCUCUCCUACCCAAGCUAGUUGGUAGCAAUGAUGAUGAAAUCGAAAAAGAUGAAGAACAAAGUGAUGGUAGCUCGGGCGAGCGGGAAGAGAGAUUGUUCAACUCCUUUUCUUUCGAGGAUUAUGCAUGGAGAGUUUAUCAUGAACGCAUCCUCUUCAAAGACCCGCUUGAUAGAUAUCGUAUUUAGAAGUCUCAACUUCUUGUCACCUUUUGUGUUUUAGCAUUCCCUGUCAGCUGUUUUCUAAUGAUGUUAGAGUGCUAGUACUACACAUUAUGCUUUCAGAUUUCAAUUAUGUUUAUUAAAGAGAUGUCAUACAAUGAAAGUCAUCAUGUUAUGAAUUCAAUUUGAAUUACCUUUCCCCAACCCCCCCCCC